AUGAGCCCCUGGCAGCAGCGGCCGCCCAACGCCAGCGCGGCUGUGGGGCCGGGCCCGCGGGGGAACGGCACGGGCCGGGCGGCCGAGCGCGGCAGCGCCGUGUCCGUGGCCAUCCCGCUCACCAUGAUGCUGACGGGCGUCGUGGGCAAUGCCCUGGCCAUGCUGCUCGUGUCCCGCAGCUACCGCGCCAAGGGCAGCCGCAGGAAGCGCUCGUUCCUGCUGUGCAUCGGCUCCCUGGCGCUCACCGACAUGCUGGGCCAGCUGCUCACCAGCCCCAUCGUCAUCUCCGUGUACCUGUCGGGCCGGCCCUGGGCCACCAUGGACCCCUCGGGCCGCCUCUGCGACUUCUUCGGCUUCAGCAUGACGGUGUUCGGGCUGUGCCCGCUGCUGAUCGCCAGCGCCAUGGCCGUGGAGCGGGCUCUGGCCAUCCGCGCCCCGCACUGGUACGCGAGCCACAUGAGCCCGCGGGCCACCGAGCGCGGCCUGGUCGCCAUCUGGGCCUCCGGCGUGGCCCUGGCGCUGCUGCCGCUGGCCGGGCUGGGCCGCUACGCUGUGCAGUGGCCCGGCACCUGGUGCUUCAUCAGCACCGCCGGCGGCAGCGCCUUCGCCGCCGCCUUCGCCGCGCUGGGGCUGCUGUCGCUCGUGGUCACCGGCGCCUGUAACCUGGCCACCAUCGCGGCGCUGGUGGCCCGCUGCCGGGCCAAGGCCGGCUCGCGCUGGGGCCGCAUCGCCACCGAGACGCUGCUGCAGCUGCUGGGCAUCAUGUGCGUGCUGUCCGCCUGCUGGUCACCGCUGCUGAUCACCAUGCUGAGGAUGAUCUCGGAGCACACGGCUGGGCCCUGCCGGGCCGGCUCCGGGGAGCCCCGGCGCUGGGAGCCGCGCCAGGAGUGCGACCUGUCGCUGACCGCCGUGCGCCUGGCCUCCCUCAACCAGAUCCUGGACCCCUGGGUGUACCUGCUGCUGCGCAAGAUCCUGCUCCGCAAGGUCUGCCAGGCAGCCAGCGCCGUGUCCAAGUGCUCCAGCGCCGAGUGCCGGGACAGGGACAGGGACAGGGACAGGGACAGGGACAGGGACAGGGACAGGGACACAUCUGUCUCCCUGCCCGAGGAGAUCCGCCGGACUGCGGCCUGAGGGUGUUCCCUGCGGGGAACCUGGGAGCCUGCUGACCCCUCACGGUGUCACUGCUGGAGCCAGAGUGCCAAAUUCUUCCUGCAGGUGCCACAAGUGCUGGGAUACAGUAGGACACGACCCUCUGCAGUCAUGGCUGAGCUGCACAGCGAGAGGAGGACAUGUCCUCAUCCAUGGUCACUGCAGAAUGGGAGAAGAACACGUCCUCAUCCAUGGUCACUGCACAAUGGGAGGAGAACAUGUCCUCAUCCAUGGUCACUGCAGAAUGGGAGAACAUGUCCUCAUCCAUGGUCACUGCAGAGCAGGAGAAGGACAUUCCAUGGUAACUGCACAACAGGGUGAGGACGUUCCAUGGUCACUGCACAACAGGAGGACACAUCCUCAUCCAUGGUUACUGCACAGAAGGAGAAGGACAUUCCAUGGUCACUGCAGAACGGGAUGAGAACGUUCCAUGGUUACUGCCACUCGUGGCUGAGAUGCACAGAGGAAGGUUCUGUGAGCCUAAAGUAGAGCCUGAGGGAGCUUCUCUUGCUUUAAGGUGGAAGAAAUUGUUUUCCUGACAGCCAGCAGAUUCUCCAGAUGGAAUUACUGAAGGGAGAUACUCCCUUAAAUACUACUGAGAGUAUUUAAUACUAAAAUUACCUCCUUCAGAGAGUCCUUCCUCCUUUUUGCUGGAGGUGCAGAAAGAGGGAGAAAAAACACAGGAAUAAGGAAAAAAAGUUAAAUUUGGUUGGAUUUCAGUGUUUUAAAACUGAGCAGUGAUGGAACAUCCAUCUCUUCCAAGGACUGAAGGCAGCACGAGUCUCCUGCCUCCUGAUAAACGCUGAUCCGUGUGGCAGCUGAAGGGAGCUUGAGGAGGGUGCAGCACCGGGGCAAGGGGAGAAAUCCCUGAUUUUUCCCUGGCAGCCUGUGGAAUGUGCAGGGAGGCUGGAGUUGCUGCUUGAGGGGGGCAGAUGAGAGGAGGAGAGUCAGAGGCAGACCCACUGCUGCCACAGGAGCUGCUUUCCUGGGAAGUGCCGAGUCCAUGAGCAGCAAAUGCUGUGGGAGGAAUGGGGCUGGCACUUGGGGCCUGCAGAGAGCCCAGAGCAGCAUCCCAAAGAGUUCAGCUCUUCCUCCAGAAACACAAAUGUGGCAGCUCUGGGAGUUUUUAAACUGCAGCAGACUGGAAGCAGUGGGUGGAAGUGUGUGAAUUUGUCAGGUCUUUUCCCAAAGAAACUUCCAUGGUUUAGUUACAAACUCAGUUCCAAUCCAUUGGUGCCACAUCUGAGGCUUGUUUUUUAAAAAGCUGUGUCUUAAGGCAUUUUCUUCACCCUUCUGGGGCUGACAGCCUCUCAUGUCUCCUGUUUUGUAGCCUUUGGAGUGAAAUCAAGUGCAAAUACAAUAAAAUACAGCUGAUAUUCCAUGUGCCAGGUGCUGUGGAAUUCAGGGGUCUUACAGGCAAAUGAAGUCCUGCAUC